AUGCCUCGCCUUCUCCCGCCGCCUCUCCGCCUCGCGCUGCUCCUCGCAGCAGUCGUCGCGUCCUUCGGAGCGAUGGCGACGGUAGUGGCGGGGGCGCCGCUGGCGGGCCCGGAGUGUGUGAGCGACUUCCCCCGGCGCGCGCUGUGCAAGUUCGUGGACGAUCUGCGCGACGCCAUUCCCGAGCAGAUCGACGCGUCCACGGGCGCGCCCAUCCGCAUCGGCGCCUACCAGAUCCGCCAGAAGCUGCACCGCGACCUGCCGCCCACGAAGCUGUACGCGUACGGCCGCAGCGCCGCCACCGCGCACUACCCCGGCCCCACGCUCGUCGCCAAGCGCGGCGUGCCCACCCAGGUGUACUGGGAGAACCACCUGACGGACCGCCACCACAUGUUCCCCGUCGACUACACCAUUGACGACGUCGCCCGCCCGCUGCUGGGCGGCAUUCCCAUCGUGACGCACCGGCACGGGGGGGAGAAUCCGUCAUAUGCAGACGGGCACCCCGAGGCGUGGUUCACGCAGUACAGCGAGGUGGGGCGCGCCUUCCGCACGCGGCUGUACCGCUACCCGAACCACCAGCUGCCCACCACGCUGUGGUACCACGACCACGCCGUCGGCAUCACUCGCCUCAACGUCGCUGCCGGCCUCGCCGGCUUCUUCCUGCUCACCGACCCGCGCGGCACAGAGAGGACCCUCGCCUGGCUGCCCCAGGGCGAGUUCGCGGUGCCGCUGGCCCUGGCGGACCGGCGCUUCUUCCCCAACGGGUCCAUCGACUACCCGCGGCGGGGCGUGGUGCCGCGAGUGCACCCACACUGGGUGCCCGAGUACAUCGGUGACACCAUCCUCGUCACCGGCAAGGUGUGGCCGUAUCUGAGCGUGAAGAGGGCGCUCUACCGCUUCCGGGUGCUGGGGGCGGCCAAUGCGCGCUUCUUCAAUCUGCGCUUCGUCUGCGCCACCUCGCGCAACUACCCCGACUUCACUCCGCCCUUCACCGGGGACCAGCUGCCCAUCACCGUGAUCGGGUCGGACGGCGGGUACCUGCCGCGGCCCGCCGUGCGGACAUCACUGGUGGUGGCGCCGGCGGAGCGCUACGACAUCCUCAUCGACUUCUCCACCCUGCGCUCCUCCUGUGCUGACGUCAUCCUCACCAACGACGCCCCCGCGCCCUUCCCUGGGGGCGACCCCGUGACGAACGACACGGCCGUUGUCAUGCGCUUCAUCGUGGACCACGACAGUCCUCGCCUCCCCGCCCCGCCCAUUCCCAAGACCCUUAUGGCGGUGCCCCCCAUGGACUCAUCGCAGGUGGUGCUGGAGCGGUGGAUCACGGCGGUGGAGGAGUCCGACCCCGCCACCAGCAAUCCCAUCCGCCUCACCUUCGACCGCAGGAUGUACUCCGACCCGCCCACUGAGACACCCCGCAUGAACUCAGACGAGCUGUGGCAUCUGAUCAACCUGACGCCCGACGCGCACCCCAUCCACCUGCACCUCAUUCAGCACCGCCCCGCCUGGCGCCGCCCCUUCGACCUCGCCGCCUACAACAGUGGCGCCUGCUCCUUCACCAACGCGUCGCUGCCCUCGUGCUUCACUGCCGCCCAGCAGCAAGUGGCCGCGUAUGAGCGCGGGUGGAAGGACACCACCAUUCUGCCGCCCGGCCAUGUGCUCACCCUCUGGACGCCCUGGUACUCGCAGGAUGGCACGCCCUUCCCCUUUGACGCGACUCGUGGCCCCGGGUAUGUGUGGCACUGCCACAUCGUGGAGCACGAGGACAACAUGAUGAUGCGCCCCCUCAUCAUCACCCAGUGA